AUGGCCCAAGGGCCAUCCAACGGCCACGAGCGGCCGUUGCUGGAUGGAAACCUGCACCAGUCCUCUGUGGCCAGCAGCGUCAGUCUUGUGUCUGUGCUCUCGGUGAUGCUUUGCGUGGACCUGGGCUGCAUCGGCCUCUGCUCUCUGGGGCCGCAAGAACUGAGCUGGGCCGUUGCGAGCAUGUGCCAGGCGUACCCCCUGGGCCUCGAAGGCUUGAACCGGCGGAAAUCCCGAACGGAGCGACUUUACGGCAUGGCUGCGACUCUUUGGGUGCAGUUGUGGGGCAGCUGUGUUGCCUUGCCCUUGCUGUGGCUGAACUUCAAGUUGCCAGCUGUUCUCUGCUGUGGCCCAGCCGUGGCAAAGCUCACUUUUCUGUCGAUCCUGAACCGUACAACUCCUGACACGAUCUGGCCAGGUGGCCGGCUUCUGCUUAAAUGUUUCUGGGAUGCGCCGCUGCUAUUGAUUAGCUAUGCAGCUGAUACGGCAUUUUCAUCGAUUCUGCCUUGGCCUUUCUUCUUCAACGGCAAGAAUGGAGAGCUGGUUUCUGACAUCAACACGGAACUGUGCAUGGGUGGGCGUCCACUGGCUCGUCAUGUGCCGAUUCUGUUGGAGCAUGAAGUACAUUCCGUGGUGAACAUGACGGAGGAGUGGCCUGGGCCAGUCGAGGUCUACAAACAACAUGGGAUUGAACAGCUGCAGCUGCCAACUCUGGACACCACACCGCCGAGCCUGGAGCAUCUUCGGGAUGGCGUGGCAUUCGUCCGGGCUCGCCUCAAGGCCACCGGUGGGCGUGGACGCGUCUACAUCCACUGCAAGGGCGGCCGCGGCCGUGCCUCGUGUAUGGCAGCUGCCUGUCUGAUGGCGAACCAAGGCAUGGAUCUGGAGUCUGCGCUGCGCAUGCUCAAAGCAACGCGUCCAGUCGUCGAGCUUGGCGUUGUAAACUAUCCCAGUCUGCAGGCAUUUGCUGCCGAAUGCCGGCAGCAAGCCCCAGUCUAG